AUGUAUCUCACGGAUACUUUAGAUACGACUCGUUGCAAGGCCUUCCCGACCACCUUAACCAAAACGGCAAUAAAAUGGUUCGACAGCCUGCCACCAAGGUUGAUGGCAAGCUUCGAUGACCUCGCCAAGAAAUUUUUGGCCAGGUUCUCCAUCCAAAAGGACAAGACUAAGCACGCUCUGAGUCUGCUAGGGAUUAAACAAGAAGAUCGAAAAGGUCUCCGCAGUUACAUGGAAAGGUUCAAUAAAGCAUGUCUUGAUAUACAGAAUCUUCCUACAGAAGCAGCUAUCAUUGGACUCAUUAACGGCUUACGAGAAGGACCCUUUAGCCACUCCAUACAAGAAGCACCCAACAUCUCUUAA